AUGGGUAAUGAUGGCGGAAGCAUCCCGACUCGGCGGGAGCUCGUCAGAGAAGCUGCCCGCAACCCCUCCACGAUGCAGGUGAAGGAGGCCCAGCGCGAGCAGCUCGAGCACUACUGGACGACCUGUCCGCUGUCGCACAAGCCUCUCGCCCGACCUAUCGUGUCCGACUCGGUCGGCAACCUCUACAACAAAGAUGCGAUCUUAAAGUUCCUGCUCCCAGGUGAAGACGACGAAGGCAUCAGCUCGAAGGCGGACUGCGAGGAGAUCCUGCAGGGGCGAGUUAAGGGCCUGCGGGACGUCGUCGAGCUCAAGUUUGAGGUCGACACCGAACGUGUUGAACCAGACGGCCGGAAUGCAAGGCCAGGAGAGAGGUGGAUCUGUCCGAUCACGACCAAGGAAUUAGGCCCGAACGUGAAGUCCGUCUACCUCGUGCCGUGCGGGCAUGUCUUUUCCGAGGAGGCGAUUCGGGAGAUGAAGGGUGACAAGUGCUUGCAGUGCAACGAACCCUACACAGAAGACAAUGUCAUCCCAAUUCUCCCGACGAAAGAAGCAGAGAAGGAACGCCUGAUCGCCCGCGCGCAGAAACUAGCAGAGCAGGGCCUGACGCAUUCGCUCAAGAAAGCACCCGGUUCGAAAAAGCGGAAGAAACAGGCAGACUCUGCGGCGGAAACAUCAACAUCACAAACAACCACAACCCAGUCAUCAUCGUCUCAGACGACUACUUCCAGCGCAGGCAUCAAGAACGCCGCAACAGCGAUGCUGACCGCCCGCGUCCUCGAAGAGGAGAACGAGAAGAAGAAACGACUGAAGAUGAUGGGCGGGCGGAACGAGAACCUCCAGUCUCUCUUCCACAACAACAACGACACUGCGAAUAAGGAGAAGGCCAAAAACGGCGAUUUCAUGACAAGGGGUUAUACCAUCCCUGCUGGGGCGAGGAGAUAA